AUGGAAGCAUUAGACGAAAUCCAAUGGAAAUCACCUGAGUUCAUCCAAGAACGUGGUCUUCAUAGUAACAAUGUCCUUGAAUAUUUUGCACUUUCUCCAUUUUAUGAUAGAACUUCUAAUAAUCAAGUACUCAUGAUGCAAUUUCAAUAUCAACAAAUUCAAAUCCCCAUGAAUAUGACCUUCCAUCAAUACUUUCAAUCACGACUUACCGAAAUGACAGGAAUAGAAUUUGUGAUUGCAUUUACUCGAGAACCUGAUUUUUGGAUUGUUAGGAAACAACGUCGAUUAGACCCAACAUCAACAUUAAUUUUACAGGACUACUAUAUUAUAGGGGCUAAUGUUUACCAAGCUCCUCGAAUAUACGAUGUUCUUCUGUCACGAUUGUUAUCUAGUGUAUUGUCAUUACGUAACUCCAUUGACAUUUUAAACAAUAUGACAAGUUAUCAUAUCCUGGAUGGAGGACAUUCAUAUAAUAAUUCUAUCCAUGGUGUAACAUCCACGGGAUCUUCAUCACAAUUACCAGGAAAUGCCCAACUGAAAUCAUUAACAAUGACUGUAUCCAAUACCAAUGUCAUGAACACAAUGACACCAAUUACUAUGAACACGCCAGGAUUAGCAUUAGCUGGGCCAAGAACAGGAUUACCUCCAAGUACAGCAGCAUCUUCCAACGCGUUAGCUACAUCAAAUUCCCAAACAGAAAUAACUAGCGGUAGCGAAGAUAAUAAACUAGUAUAUCUUGACGAUAUUCCAUUAUAUGGUAAAGGAAGUACAGUAGAGAUGCUAGGUUUAAAGACAAAUUUUGAUUAA